UAGGGUUAGCGACUUGAUCCCAAUCGUCCACCAUGGCACCCUUCCUUGAAACAGUCAAGUCGUUCGCCGAUGUCCCCAUCACCGACGAUGGUGUCAAUACUGUUGCAUUUCUCGAAGCUGAUGAUGGUGUCGUUCGCAUGCUUAAGGAACUCACUAGCCUUAUGAGCUCCGUUGGCGCAAAGUCUUUCUCCCCUGUCAUCAGCGACAUCCAGGGUAACGUCAAGAAAGUUCGUGAUCGGUACGAUGCAUUUCCCUCGCAGUCGGCAACACUGGAGCAGCUGGUGGCCAACGAGAAUAGCAACAAAGUAGGAAGCGCAACAGAGGGCCUCAUGUGGCUUCUUCGGUCCCUCGCGUUCACGGGCAAAUCCCUUCAGCACGCACAGAAAAACCCAUCAGAGGAACUUAAAGUCUCCUUCACGAAGGGUUAUGAUAUCACUCUCGGGCCUAUUCACCGUGGGGCUUCAAUCUUCAGCAUACAAGGAGCUAUCAUGAAAGCGGCAGGCUUGAUGUUCAACACUGCUAUCGGAUAUUGUCCGCCCCGCAAGAACUUUUACGAGAAGCUCGCAGCCAACCCAGGCGGAGAGCCAUGUUCGCAGGAGACACUUGACAAGGCACUUAACGCUUGGGUCACUGGCCUGGAUACCAUUAUCUCAAGGAUGGACGCGUUCUACACAAAGGGGAAGCAUGGAGAGAUAUACAAAUCUGCAUGAACUUAUAGAUCAGCAUAUCGGGAAUAACUGCCCCGCGCAUUAUGCAUUGUAUGCAUAAAUCAUCAGCGGCGUGCGUCAUUUGUUUUGAAAUGGACUUUUUGCAAGUUAUACACGGACUUGAAGCUUGAUGUGUUAUCAAUAAUGGAGAUCACUGUUGGGAAAGGUGCCAUGCUCCGCUCACUUAGUGUCCUACCGUCCCACGAAACAAAUCACACAUGUAAAUGAGACAUGCUUGUUAGCUCACUGGAUCGAGGAUUGAGUCUGAGGAACGUGCUAACUGAUAGUGAUCACCUUCGUUCGUACCAUGCAGACUACAGACCAAACACAGAAACUACAUCGUGCCUCACGACUGGGGAGGGCAUAAUUGACAAUAGGUAUAAUGUGAC